AUGGAGAACAAGGAUGACCCCUACUCUACCUACAAUGAGGACAACCUGGCUCAGUGUAUUUUUGACCUCUUUAUUGCUGGAACAGAGACAACUGCUACCACUCUGCAAUGGGCGCUGCUCCUCAUGGUGACACAUCCAGAUAUUCAAGAGAAAGUCUACCAGGAGAUGGAAGAUGUUUUUGGUUCAUCUCACUCAAUCCGCUAUCAAGAUCGGAAGAAGCUGCCCUACACCAAUGCUGUGAUUCACGAGAUCCAGCGUUCAAGAUAUAUCUUUUUAAUUGGGCUUCCAAGGCAAAGCAUGAAGGACGUGAACUUGCACGGUUUUCACAUUCCAAAGGGGGCUGUGAUUGCUGCAGAUCUCCGCUCUGUUCUUCUUGAUCCUAAGGAAUGGGCAACACCUAAAAAAUUCAACCCAAACCAUUUUUUGGACGAGGACGGGCAGUUUGUGGACAGAGAAGCAUUUCUGCCAUUUGGUGCAGGUGCUCGGGUGUGUCCAGGGGAGCAAAUGGCAAAGAUUGAGCUCUUCAUCUUUUUCACCAGCCUGCUGAGAGCAUUCAGGUUCCAGCUGCCAAAAGGAGUGAGAGAAGUCCAUAACAAGCCUAUAAUAGGGCUGACGGUCCGUCCUCGCCCCUACAAACUCUGCGCUGUUCCCCGCUGCAGCCACAUAAACAAUUAGGGGGGCUGAUCAACUACUGCAAUCUCCUCCUUUAAUCAUUUCCCGCCAUCCUCACAUUCUUUCUUGGCUUGAUCAGUUGAGAUUCUCCAAUCUGUGAUGCCACUGUGAUGCUGCUGCUGCUCUAGUGAGUGCUGGGUGGGCCGCUCCCUUUCCUGCCAACUCCAUCCGGCC